GAGGAAGGAAGGGGACGGAGGGCGGGGCUGCCCUUCUCCUCCUGGCCCAAUCUUCCCUGAGUGGCACAGACAGCCAGACACUCACCCACCAGCCUCCUUCAGAGCCCCCUCCCCUCCCGCCGGCAGGUCCCCCGGGCCAGGGGCUGAUGUGCGCCCGCUAGCCGCGCUGCCCGUUCCCCCUUGCCCACUCUCAGGCGCGCGCGCAGGCACGCGUCCCCGGCGCGCAGAGCAUGCCUCUCAGCCCAGCCAGCGGCAAACAUGAGUCUCCGGAGCAGCAGCAGCAGCGGCGGCGGCGGCGGCGGCGGCAGCAGCAGCAGGAGGAGGACGAGGACGAGGAGGAGGAGGAGGAGGAGGAAGAGGAAGAGGAGGAGGAGGAAGAAGAAGAGGAGGAAGAGGAGGAGGAGGAGGAGGAAGAAGAAGAAGAAGAAGAAGAGCAGUCUUCGCACCGCUGCCAGCAGCUGCAGCAGGCCGGCGUGGUGAACGGCGAUCCUGGGGAGAGCACGGAGAGCAGCCUCAGGGAGGAGACCCUGUAUGAUACCAUCACGCCUCCCGCCGCCGCCCCCGCCGCCGCCCCCGGCCCCGGCCCUUGCUCCUCCGAGACGCCGGCCUCUCCCCCGCCAGGGCGGAUGGACGAGCCAGCUCCCAACGCCCUGGUCCUGCGCAUCGGCAUCCCGGACCUCCAGCAAACGAAGUGUCUGCGGCUGAACCCCGAUGUCCCCAUCUGGACCUCCAAGCAGCGCAUCCUUUGCACCCUGAACCACAGCCUGAAGGACGUCCUCAACUAUGGCCUCUUCCAGCCGGCCUUCAACGGCCGGGCGGGGAAGUUCCUGGAUGAAGAGCGGCUGCUGAGGGAGUACCCCCUGAAUCCGGACACCCCGGUCCCUUACCUGGAGUUCCGAUACAAGAGGCGCGUCUAUUCCCAGCCCCUCUUGGAUGACAAGCAGUUCGCCAAGCUGCACACAAAGGCAAAUCUGAAGAAAUUUAUGGACUAUGUGCAGACCCUGAAUGUGGAGAAGGUCAGCAGGUUGCUGGAGAAAGGACUGGACCCCAACUUUCAUGACCCGGACACUGGAGAAUGCCCCCUGACCAUGAGUGCCCAGCUGGAGUUCUGUGUCGAGAUCAUCAAAGCCUUGAAGAAUGGUGGCGCCCACUUGGACUUCCGAACCCGCGAAGGGAUGACGGCUCUGCACAAGGCCGUCCGAUGUCGGAACCACACUGCCCUGCGGACGCUGCUAGACCUGGGUGCCUCUACGGAUUACAAGGACAGCCGGGGGCUGACCCCCCUGUACCACAGUGUCAUGGUGGGGGGGGACCCCUACUGCUGAGCUCUCUUUCUUCUCCUUCCCAGAAUGCCCCCUGACCAUGACUGUGGGCUCCUUGGUCUCUCUGACGCAAGUGGGUGGCGAGCCUUGAAGUGGGCUCUGAAUGCGAGUCCUGCCUUCCUGUCUCCUGGGCAGGCCUGCCGCUACGGACACGUUCAGCAUCUGGAGCACCUCCUCUUCUAUGGGGCGGACAUGACGGCCCAAAACGCCUCGGGAAACACGGCCCUGCACGUCUGCGCACUCUACAACCAGGAGAGCUGUGCCCGGGUUCUCCUCUUCCGGGGAGCCAGCAAGGAGAUCCGGAACUACAACAGCCAGACGGCCUUUCAGGUGGCCAUCAUUGCGGGCAACUUUGAACUGGCGGAAAUCAUCAAAACCCACAAAGAGUCCGACGUUGUGCCUUUCCGCGAGACCCCGAGCUACACCAAGCGGCGGCGGCUGGUGGGGGCGGCCGGCCUCUCCUCCCCUCGCCUGCUCCAGCGCUCGGCCAGCGACAACAACCUGAAGGCGGAGAGCCGGCCGUCCUACUCGCCGGCGCCCUCGCUCCGCGGCCUCCCCCCGCAGCUGCUGGCCCAGAUGCGGGAAGCGGCGGGCGAGGCCGGGCCCCGCGGCGCCCACAGCCGCUCCCCGUCGCUGCAGCGCGUGCGGGAGGAGAAGGAGGCCGACGCGCCCUCCCUGCGCAGGAGCAGCCGCGCCAAGCCCAGUGCCUGCCUGCUUCUCUGCGGGGGACGUUCUGGCCCCUCCCGGCCCCUCCGCCUGACCGCCAGCCCAAGGCCGCCGUCCGCUGGGGGGGGGGGUGGCGGGGGGCCGGCCCGGUGGGUCCCCGCCCAGGCGAGGGGAGGAGCGGCUGGCGAGCGGCAGCGGCCGGGGGAGGCAGCCGGAGCCGGCAAGGAGAAGCAAGCGGGCGGGCGGCCCGGCCGGGGGCUGCCUGCAGCUGAGCAAGCGAGCGAGGACCGCCUCCCCCCGCCGUCAUGGGCGGGCAGCGGCGGCGGCGGAGGGGCCGGCCCGGGCGGCAGCGUCCCGCGAGCGGCCCCUGAGCCGGGCGGGGGUCCGGAGCGGCUGCAGGGAGCCAUGGCGCUGCGUCCGUCGGAGGGGGCGCCGGCCGGAGCGGGAGGCGGCGGCAGCGGCAGCGGCGGCGCCCAGCAGCCUGACCGCCCGGCGGCGCCCCGGCAGGGCCCCCAUCGGCGGGCUGCGGCCCGGCGGAGGGCCGAAGGAGAGGCCGCGCCCGGCUCGCUCGCCUCCCCCGUCCGAGGGCCCGCGCCGCCCGCGCCCAUGGCCCCCGCACCGCCCCCGCCUCUGCCCGGCAUCAGCAGCGUAACCUAUGUCUUCGUUUACAGCCCCGGCGGGAGCGGCAGCGGGCCUGGGGGGGCGCCGGGCGCCGGGCCGGGCGUGGAGCACACUCCGCACGCCGCGCCGGCUCAGCUGCGGGGCCCCAAGAAGAAGCUGUACAGCGCCGUGCCCGGCCGCCGCUUCAUCGUGGUCAAGAGCUACGCGCCGCAGGGCGAGGGCGAGAUCCAGCUCAACCGCGGAGAAGCCGUCAAGGUGCUCAGCAUCGGAGAAGGGGGCUUCUGGGAAGGAAGCGUGAAAGGACGGACCGGCUGGUUCCCGGCAGAAUGUGUCGAGGAGGUGCAGAUGCGGCAGUUCGAUGCCCGACCAGAGACGAGAGAAGACCGGACCAAGAGGCUCUUCCGACAUUACACCGUGGGCUCCUACGACAACUUCACUUCACACAGCGACUACAUCAUCGAGGAGAAGGCGGCCGUCCUGCAGAAACGGGAGCAUGAGGGCUUCGGCUUCGUCCUGCGCGGGGCCAAAGCGGAAACGCCCAUUGAGGAGUUCACCCCAACGCCAGCUUUCCCAGCACUGCAGUACCUGGAAUCGGUGGACGUGGAGGGUGUGGCGUGGCGAGCAGGUCUGCGCACAGGAGACUUCCUGAUCGAGGUGAACGGUGUGAACGUGGUGAAGGUGGGGCACAAGCAGGUGGUCUCGCUCAUCCGCCAGGGGGGAAACCACCUGGUGAUGAAAGUGGUCUCGGUCAGUCGCAAGCCAGAGUCGGAAGACGUGCUUCGGAAGAAAGCCCCGCCGCCGCCCAAGCGGGCGCCCAGCACCACCCUCACCCUGCGCUCCAAGUCUAUGACCGCCGAGCUAGAAGAGCUGGAGAAGCUGGACGAGAUCUUGGCAGCGGCUGAACCCUCGCUGAGAGCGGACCUGGUGGAAGCGGAUUCCCGAGCAGCCACCGUGAAGCAGAGACCGACCAGCCGGCGCAUCACCCCUGCAGAGAUCAGUUCCCUCUUCGAGCGCCAGGGGAUGGCCACCCACGCAGGGCCGGAGAAGCCCCACAUCUCCCUCCGCAAAGGCCUCCCGCGGACCAAGUCUGUAGGCGAAGAUGAAAAAUUUGCGGCUUCCCUAAUGGAUGGAAAAUUUCCCCGGAGUACGUCAAUGCAAGACACUGUCCGAGAGGGUCACGGCAUCCCGCCUCCACCACAAACCGCUCCACCCCCACCCCCCUCUCCCUACUACUUUGACACGGGCCCGCCCCCCACCUUCUCCCCGCCCCCACCCCCAGGGAGGGUGUACGACACCGUCCGGUCCAGCUUCAAGCCGGGCUUGGAGGCCAAGCUGCACGGGCUUCCGCCGGUGAUCAGCGCGGCCGAGAUGUAUGACCAGGCCAGGGCCGGCAUCCCUUACCCCGAGCGGCAGAAGCGGGCCCGCUCCAUGAUCAUCCUGCAAGACUCCUCCCACAUCCCCGUGGAGCCCACCGACAUCCCCCGGCCAGGCCCCUCGGCCACCCCGCCGGAGAAGCUGAAGCGGAGGGGGCGUGGGGCGGACAACCCAUAUGCCAACAUGGGCCAGUUCAACGUCAGCCUCUUUGCCCCCACCAAGCCCCAGCGCAAGAAGAGCCCCCUGGUCAAGCAACUGCAGGUGGAGGAUGCACAGGAGCGAGCGGCGCUCUCCGUAGCUGGGGGCUUCCCUCGGGAGCCCUCCCCCACCCGGAGGGGACACCGCCUGAGCGGGAUGGAGUUCACCUCCCAGCAAAUGGACACCGCCAGCCUGCCCUUUGCCACAGCGGUCGCUGGGGCCAUGAAAGAGCGAGACCGGCGUCUUGACGAGAAGCGGAAAUCCACUGUCUUCCUUUCCGUGGGGGCCAUAGAGGGGAGCCCCCCCACCAUAGACAUGCCAUCGCUGCAGCAAUCCCGGUCCAUCGAUGAGCGUCUGCUGGGGAGCCGGGAUGUUCUCCUGCCUUCCCCCGUCUCCGCUUUAAAGCCAUUCCUCAGCAGUUCCUCCUCGACAUUCAUACACCCUCUAACGGGGAAGCCCCUCGACCCCAACUCCCCCCUGGCGCUGGCGCUGGCCGCGAGAGAGCGAGCCCUCUCCACCCAGGUCUCCUCCAGAGUGGCCACCCCCAUCCACAGCCCUGACUCCGAUCGGGCAGCGCCCUUGUUUGUAGACAUCCAAACCAAAGACCAAGAGAGGGGUGAGCUGGAAGGCCGGGGGUCUCCCGCCUAUUCUCCAGGAGCCAAAGUGGCCACACCCAGCUCUCUGACCCCUACCCAGAGCCCCUGGGGGAUGCCCGGAAGUGCAAGGAGAGAGGGCGAGGCACGAACCGAGACCCCGGUGAAGGAGAUGGAGGAGAAGAAGGUGGAGGAGAAGAAGGCCAUGAUCCUCAGCAUCCUGGACACCUCACAGCAGAAGACGGCGGGCCUCAUCAUGGUGCACGCGACAAGCAACGGCCAAGACCUCGGCUUUGAUCUGAAGGAGGAGAAGACCCCUGUCCCAGAGGGGGGCCCAGAGCCGGUGGAAGUGUCCAUGAUGGAGGCUCAGCCCAGCCCUGUGGGGAAGGCACCCGUCAGUCCAGCCUUGGACAAGACACUCGGACAGGGGAGUUCGGAGGAGGAAGUGGAGACCUACACGGUCACUCUUCCGCCUGCGCAGCUGUCCUCAAGCGAUGAGGAAACCAGGGAGGAGCUGGCAAAGAUUGGCCUGGUGCCGCCACCCGAUGAGUUUGCAAACGGGGUAUUGGUCACCACCGCUGGCACACCUAUCAGCCAACUGGCUGCUCCAGCCAUCGCCCCGCCAUCCGUGCCAGCGGCAGCGGUCCUACCUUCUACCACUGGUGGAACACCCUCAGGGAAGCCCUCUGAUGCCCCCACCGCCCCAGAGUCUGCCGCAGACUCGGGAGUGGAAGAGGUGGACACCAGAAGUUCAAGUGACCAUCACCUGGAGACCACAAGCACCAUCUCCACCGUCUCCAGCAUGUCCACCCUGUCCUCCGAGAGCGGGGAGCCCACCGACACCUACACCUCCUUUGCGGAUGGGCACACUUUUGUACUCGAGAAGCCGCCAGUGCCUCCAAAGCCGAAACUCAAGUCCCAGACCAGCAAGGGGCCGGUUACCUUCAGGGACCCUCUUUUGAAGCAGUCCUCGGACAGCGAGCUCAUCUCCCAGCAACACGCGGCCAUCCUGGCUUCCGCCAGCGUCGGCCGGCCACGCUACCUCUUUCAGCGAAGGUCCAAGCUGUGGGGGGACCCCCUGGACAGCAGGCCCAUCCACGGGCCGGAAGAUGACAAACCAACUGUGAUCAGCGAGCUCAGUUCCCGGCUGCAGCAGCUGAACAAGGACACGCGCUCCCUGGGGGAGGAACCUGCCGGUGGCGUGUUAGACCCUGGAAAGAAGACUCCCGUGGUGGCAGCACGACUUUUCAGUAGUUUAGGAGAACUAAGCACCAUUUCCCAGCGCAGCUCUGGCACCACCUACACCGUGCGUCCUGGCAGCCGCUACCCUGUGACCCGCCGCACUCCCAGUCCGGUAAAGCCUGCCCUGGAUAGGACAGACCCCCUGAGCACCGUCCGGCCCUACGGGCUCACCCCGCCCACCAUCCUCAAAUCUUCCAGUCUCUCCAUCCCACACGAACCCAAGGAGGUACGCUUCGUGGUACGCAGCGUCAGUGCCCGGAGCCGCUCCCCCUCUCCUUCCCCUUCCCCGGGGCCCCCCCUGCAUUCCCUCCAUCCCCCACGGCCCUUCAUGCAGAAACCCCUCCAGCUCUGGAACAAAUACGACGUGGGGGACUGGCUGGAGAGCAUUAACCUGGUGGAGCAUCGAGACAAAUUUGAGGACAAUGAAAUUGAGGGCACCCACCUGCCCGCCCUGACCAAGGAGGACUUUGUGGAGCUGGGGGUCACGCGGGUGGGGCACCGCAUGAACAUUGAGCGGGCACUCAAACAGCUGACAGACAGCUGACCAUCCCGGCAGCCUGGGCUCCUCUCCCGGGGCCGCGUCACUCAGGGGCAGGCGGGGCUGUUCCUGCUAGGCCAGUAGACAGGAGCCCACAAGAUGCUCUUCCUGUCCUGCUCGGACUGCUGCACUGAAAGACGGGGGAUGGGCAGGCACCUCCUCUCCCUCCCACCCCACAGCUCCCGGGCACCCUGGUGCAGACUCCCUUCCUCGGGAACAGGCAUGGGCCACAGAAACUCACCCCCUCCCCAAGAGAGUCACUGCUGGACAGGCGGUUCUGGGGAAGGAGAGGCGAGGUGAGGAACACCAUGGCAUGGGCCCCAAGGGGAGGCCAGAGGGACAGGGUGUUAAGAGGGGAAGGGGUCCUUGCGCUGGGGUUGCAGACUCCAGCUGGGCCUUAACACUAUUCAUACGUUGUGGUGCUGCGGCCUUUGGAAGGCUAGAUGCUGACUGACCAGUGGGGGUUGGGGUUGGGGAAGGGGCUCAGUGCAUUGGCCGCAGGGAGGGAGGGAGGGAAGCUGCCUGGCACCCAAGCGACUGCUGCUGCCGGAGGAAUUCUCCCUGUGAAGGUCAGCAGGAGCUCCUAAGAGAGGUCAAGGGGCAGAAGUGGGAACAUCGCUCAGGAGGGCCCCCAUCCACCCCAGUCCCGACCCCACCCACAGCCCCGGGCCCUGGCCCUGCCCCUGCCCCGCAAGGACCCAGUGGGGCCAGGAAGAGGAGAAGACCAGGAGAGGCACCCCCAAGGAGAGUGGGCACUGCCGCCUGGAGGACUGUUGCUGUGCCCUGGUGCGUGAGCGGGGCUGAUGUCGCAUGGAUCGAAGCAUGCUUGGGGUGCAAAGCGAGGCAAAGGGCGGAUCCGGCAGCUGCUGCUUGGCCAGCCCUGGUGGGGAGGGGGGGCUUUGGGGGUGCGGGACAUGUCGAAGGGGGUCUUUUAAUCUCUCUGCAUUUCUGUAGGUUUGGUGAACCCAAGGAGAGGAUGCCCAACAGCAGGAAACCCCCCCCCCCGUCCUAGUCACUCAUUUUUGCAUCUUUUUAAUCAGCUAUAUAUUUGAAAAGGGGAAAAAAAGAACAAAUAUCUAUAUAUCUAUAUCUAUAGCCACCUUGUUUAGUUAACGGUUGACUGACGCUCUAUCUUGCUGGGGGGAGAGGGGGGGCCUGGGGGCUCCUUCCUGCAAUGCUUGUGGGAGUUUUUAGUGACUGAAUGAAAGGGGUGGGGGAGAGAAUCUUUUAAAAGUUCCUUUAGAUGUUCUGAAUUUUAAAGAUUUGGGGGUAGGAACAAAAAAAACCAAAAGGCAACAUUGCACUGGCUUCUAGGGACACGUGUGAAGUCUUCCAUUCUUGCUGGACAGGCCCUGACCAGAGUAGCUGCUUCCCCCCCUUCGAGACACACACACACACACACCCCUCUUUCCCUUGCUCAAGCCCCUUCCCCUGCUUUCCUGGGGAAGAACAGAGAGGAGCAGGCAGGGAGGAACCCCAAGUCUUUCGCCUUCCCUCUUGAAGCCAGGGAGCCCCAACCGCAGAGCUGCUGCACCCAAAAUACCCACAGAAGGCGGGGGCCCCCAAACACUUUGCAAAGCCCAGGCCCUGUGGAAGGAACGGCAGUCCUGAGGGGUUCCCAGCCGGGGCCGGUCUCGGAUCCCCCUGUGGUUGGCGCCUGGUCCGUCCCCUUUUCUUUAAGAGGCCAAAGAAACGCGCCCCCCCCCCCCGGUCACAAGUGGCCUCCCUGCACCCCCAACCUCCUGCACCUGGGGCUCCUCUGCGGGAGGAGAGUUCUCAGUCUACAGCCCUGGCCUAAAAUCAGAGGAGACCCAGCGGCACCUUUGAAGAUGAGCUCAUUGUUUUUAUUUUCAAGGCGUAAAAAUCUUGGACUCUGAAGCAGGUUGGGGGAAAGAGAUGGGCACCAAAUAACUUCCGAGGGUCAGACCAGGAGCCUCCGUCUAGGGCAGCCCAGCCAGUUCCUUUGCAGGGUCAUUAGAUCUUCUGGUGCUAGAGGGAAGGGCCCCCACUGACCCUCAUAGAUCCCCAGAUUCCCCCCCCCCCAUUUUUACCAAUCGCCAACAGAAACCUGCUUCCUGCUAAGGGUUCUCAUCUGCUCCGUAGAAGGGCUGGCGAGUGCAUGGUCUCUUCCCUGUGUGGGGGGGCUGCCAGCUUGAAGGCCCAAGGAAAGCCGGGCAGGGGGCCAGCCUAGCUGGGGGUGGGCUGCUCUCUUCUUCCUGGAAGCAGCUCAGCGGGUCUUGGCAUCUGCCAGGAAUGCUUGCCACACCAGCCCCUCCCCCAAUCCAUUAACCUACAACACCCAGAUCCUACCAGUCCUUUCUGCGAUUCUCCCCACCCCCAGAAUUGAUCUCCCUUAGGGAAGAGUGCGAGGAGGGGACCAGGUCUAUCCCCCACCUCCCUGAACGGACACCCCCCCCCCAUGAUGGCAUUUCCAAAUUUUAAACCUCCCAGUCACAGGAGGAGGAAAGAAACCAGCUGUCUUCCAAUUCCAAAAUUUUAAGAAGCCCCAACAUCCCAGGGACACCUAGCACAGCCUGGACUUUUUUCCCAUCCAUGUGAAAAACUUGUUUGGGGUUACUUUGAAGGCAACGAACGUCACACACAAAUUGUGUGACCACAUCUGGUGCUCUCCAACUGUGUCGGGCUUCGGUUCCCAUCAUCCCCAGCUAGUGGGAGGGGGCAGCUUCCUGAGACAGCCUCUCAGGAAGCACAAACCCCAAUGGGGACCUCGGGCGCCCCCAGUCAGCUGCGCACCCCCAGCCCCCGGCAUCUUUUACAGAAUAACAGAGUGGAAAGGGACCUCAGAAGUAUUCUAGUCCAACUCCUUGCUCAAGCAGAUCCCCCUAUCAUUUCAGACAAAUGGCUGUCUAAACUCUUCUUGAAACACACACACACACACACACACCCGCCCCUGAUGGAGCGCCCACAACCUCUAAAGGGAAAGUCCUUCCCUGCUCUCUCUCUCUCUCUCUCUCUCUCUCUCUCUCUCUCUCGAACGAUCUUCCACCCGUUGCUUCUUGUCCUGCCUUCUGGUGCUUUGGAGAAUAGGUGGAGCCCCUCUUCUCUGGGGCAGCCCCUCAAAUACCGGAAGGCUGCUAACCUCUCACCCUUAAUCCAUUUAUCCCAUUUUUACAAAUUGGCCCUUUCACAGAACGGGCUUUCCUGGUCAGAAAGGGUGCAAGGACCCCAGAAGCAUCUCCCCGGCUGUGGAAAUGGGCCCCCUGGGUCCUUCAUUCUGGGGUGUCUCCAGACUUCAUGAGACCCCAAAGGUUUGUGAUUGACCCCAAGCCUCUCUUAGGGCACCUGGAAACUCAGCUGCCUUCCUGCCUCUCCCUGGGCCCAACCCAGCAAACCCCUCCUCCUCCCUCCAGGAGAGCCCCUCCUGCGCUGGGGGGGCCAUGUAGUCCCUGCAAAAGCAGAUGCCAAAGGAGGAAACGCUUCCAUUUCGCUGCCAAAGCCAGGCAAGGCCCACCAGGCCCCCUCCUCUAAAAAGCAGAUGCCGCCUGGCUUUCAAAAGGUUCCCGAAGGGUUCCGAAGGAGACUCUGGCUGUCCAGCCCUCACCUUUCGGGGUCUCAGAGGCCCCAGGAAACCUAUCAGCUUCCCCCUCCCCAAUUUUUCCGGAGCUGCCCACAAUCCGCCUUUCGGGCUGCGAGCGAGGUGCCCAGGCCGCCGCCGCCGCGCUCCCUCCGUCCCUCCCCCGGCCAGGGCCGUUCAUCAGCCGGGCUAAGGGCCGCCCCCACGCGCGGCAGGCGCUUUCUCCGCUCCGCGUGCCGUGGAGCCGGUGUCUCCGUCCCUCUCGCAGCUGUUUCUGGGACCAGAGGAGACGCGCCUGCCCAGCCGCCUGCCCGGCCUCCUCCCCGCGGAGGCCCGAAGACUGCAGACCCCCGCCCCGCACUGCCCUCCCCUCGUCUGCAGGAAGUUCCCUUCGGGACCGGGAAAGCUGGACGCCUCCUCUUGAUCGCCGCUCGAGGGAGGCAGGAGCGGCUGUUGCUCUCCUGCCAAUCGAGGAGGCCAGCGCGGGCCCCUCGCCUGGGGGGCCCCGACCAGCCCGUCCCGCUAAGCAGCUGCAGCCGUACCUGUGUUGGCAAACACUGCGUGACGCCCCCCGGAGCCUCGGCUGACCGGAGCGGGGCCACCACGGCUAAGUCCCGACGGCAGGCAUCGCGCCAGGGAACGCGAAACCCGGCCCGGCCCUGAUGCUCAAGCGCCCCCUCGGCCCCCUUGCCUGGGCUGGCCCGAGACCCCCGAUCUCAAACGGCAGCCCCCUCCUUUCUGAGACCCAAGGCCGCCUCUUUCCCCGCCCACCCCGCAAAUAAAGCUCCACCCCUGCUUUUCUCAAAGCCCCCCCCUCCCCGUAACGGCUGGGAGGCCAUGGACCGUGCAGUCACCUCACUGACCCCCGGGGUGCGCAGAGGGACCCGCCGCCCGUGUUCCCGAGUCCUUGAGGGGAGACCCCCCCUUUUCACAAGCCUCCCUUCUUUUAGACAGGGGCUCUUCCCUGCUUGCGUCGGAACAGGCCCUGCUGACUGACCUGGGGUUGGCUCCCCAUUGGUCUUCUUGGGGCGCGGCACAUGGGGCAAAUUCAGCCCCCCCCCCGCCCCCGUUGGGGAAGCACUUGAUGACUCUUCUUCCCAAACCAAGAGGCUGGAGGGCUCCUGCAAAGGCAACUGAGCCCCAGCCCAGCCCUGCAGGGAAGUCUCCACAGAGCAGGAUCCAAACAGCCAGGAGGGCCACGCCAGGGAGAUCGAGGCACAAUGUGGCCGAGCGUGGAUUGCGCCCUCCCAGUGGCCACCUUGGCCUGGAGGGCCAGACCCCGAGGGGUCCCAGCUGGCAGGCAGGCAGAGGGUGGGGAGCCCGACAUGCUCAGAGGGCACCAGGUUGGGGAAGAGGUCUGUAGCAAAAAAACGGCCGAUGGACUCUGGUGCCAGACAGAGUGAAAACAAUCCCUUUCACACACACACACACACACACACACACCCUCCCAUGCUUUCCAAAACAACAAAAAUAGCCCCAGUGGACCUCUCGCCAAGUGGACCUCUUGGGUGGGGGUCUGCAUCAGCCAGGGACCUUCCCAGUCACUGCCCUGAAGGGAAGUUGGCCAAAGGCCACGAUAUCCACCCCCAGCAAGAGGCAGGAAAGGUCACUCCUUUGAUCUGGUACCUUGACCCCUAAAUAUCCACCCCAAGAAUGAGCUGGGCAAAGCAGGGAAAGGGCUCGGCUGCCCCUCUCCAGAGGAGGAACAGCCACUCUUGUGGGCACCUUCCGGUCGCCAAAGGAGCCACGGCUGUCCACGAAAAAGCCACCUCAUCCUCUUCCUCGUGGUUUGGCUUUCAGCUUUGCAAGGGGAAGGGACUCCCCGCCACCACAUGGUUCACCUGGAAGUGGAGACAGCAGGGAAGACGGCCUUGGCUGCCUGUCCAGCCGGCUCCAGGCUCACCCUUUGUGAAAAGGCUCAGCUCCUCCCCCGCAGCACCCCAGACCCCAGUGCGAGUCACGUCCUGCUUAGCAAGCUCCCCCAUCUGCUUCUGCCUUCGCUUCCCCAGCUGCCACGAGAGGCUUGGUGUUGGCUGCCCUCCUCUUCUGCUGCGCUUAAUCUGCCUGCUUGGCAAGAAGGACCCGCUUGUGCCCCGUCGGCGUCCCUGGCCUUGGCACCAAGGCAGGCGACCCUCCCUGGCUGGAGCGAAGCACGUCACUUGCAUGCCCCAGCUUGCCCAUCCCUGGUUUGGAUUGCACCCUCCCGCCCGCCCACCCUCCCCCCAUCCUCAAGGCCCUCGCAGCAAAUUUCUUCCUCCAUUCCCAAAGCCAUCCCAGAGAAGGCCGGCGGGGCUCCCGGGAGGGGGGAGUCCUCCUGAGACACACACCCCUCCGCCAGGUGUGAGCCUCAGCUGCCCCGGAGAGACUGUGAUUUUUCUCAUGACUUCUCAGUGACUUUUGUUACCUCUGGAUAAAGUUGGGUCACGGGGUUUUGCUUUGAGAUUUUCUUAAGGUUGCUGGCUUUUCAUUGGGGUCUUGAUGUGGUUCUUUAAUUCCCACCCCCGAGAUGCCCAUUCACCUCUCUGGGCUUUGGAAACAAGCAGGGACCCCUGCCCACACACCCCAGCCGCCCCUGAAGGCCCAGGAGCUCCUGCAGCUGCUGCCUGGUCGGGCCAGAAACGAGCAGGGCUCCCAGCUCUGCGUCCCAAAAUGCACACAGACAAGGCCCACGGUCUCACCCCACCCCCGUCUGUCUCGUCCCCCAUGCCCCCCCCUCUGCUGCUGCCCCCCCCCUUGGUUUGGCUGAAGGUUUAUUAAUUGACAGGGUCAGUUUGACGUCACCCCUUAUUUUAUACCGAUUUCCUGAGGAAGUCCGUCUUCUGCAGAGUAAGGGAGGCUCGACUCACUCACCUCCUGACCCGAUGUUGUGAUAACGCCCCCAGACACACAGAGAUCUAUGUUUCUUAUAUGAUGAUUAUUAUUAUUACUAUUAUUAUUAUUAUUAUGUAAUAAAUUUAUAAGAAAUCA